GAGAGGGGCCGCAGCGCCAGCAUACUUAAAAAGCAAGCGGCUCGCCGGCUCUGCGACGCAGUCACGGUCAGAUACUCCAAACGCUUAUUCUUCGCCGUCAUUCAAACGACUUAAACUCUCCCUUCACACCGAAAAUGGAAGAUGAAAUUGCUGCCCUUGUUGUUGACAAUGGAUCCGGUAUGUGCAAAGCUGGCUUUGCAGGAGACGACGCACCACGUGCUGUCUUCCCCUCCAUUGUGGGGCGUCCCAGACAUCAGGGUGUGAUGGUGGGCAUGGGCCAGAAGGACAGCUAUGUAGGUGAUGAGGCACAGAGCAAAAGGGGAAUCCUGACCCUCAAAUACCCCAUCGAGCAUGGCAUUGUGACAAAUUGGGAUGACAUGGAGAAGAUCUGGCACCACACCUUCUACAAUGAGCUGAGAGUGGCCCCAGAGGAGCACCCAGUCCUCCUCACAGAGGCCCCUCUCAACCCUAAGGCAAACAGGGAAAAGAUGACCCAGAUCAUGUUUGAGACCUUCAACACCCCCGCCAUGUACGUGGCCAUCCAGGCUGUGCUGUCCCUGUAUGCCUCCGGUCGUACCACCGGCAUUGUCAUGGACUCUGGCGAUGGUGUCACCCACACUGUGCCCAUCUACGAGGGCUACGCGCUGCCCCACGCAAUCCUCAGGUUGGACCUGGCCGGCAGGGACCUCACGGACUACCUCAUGAAGAUUCUGACUGAGAGAGGGUACAGCUUCACCACCACAGCCGAGCGUGAGAUUGUGCGUGACAUCAAGGAGAAGCUGUGUUACGUCGCAUUGGACUUUGAGCAAGAAAUGGGCACUGCUGCUUCCUCUUCCUCCCUGGAGAAGAGCUACGAGCUGCCUGAUGGCCAGGUCAUCACUAUUGGAAACGAGAGAUUCCGUUGCCCAGAGGCCCUCUUCCAGCCUUCAUUCCUGGGAAUGGAGUCUUGCGGCAUUCACGAGACCACAUUCAACAGCAUCAUGAAGUGCGAUGUUGACAUCCGUAAGGACCUGUACGCUAACACCGUGUUGUCUGGUGGUACCACCAUGUACCCUGGAAUCGCUGAUCGUAUGCAGAAGGAAAUCACUUCACUGGCUCCCACCACCAUGAAGAUCAAGAUCAUCGCUCCCCCUGAGAGGAAGUACUCUGUAUGGAUUGGAGGCUCCAUCCUGGCUUCCCUGUCCACCUUCCAGCAGAUGUGGAUCAGCAAGCAAGAGUAUGACGAGUCCGGCCCCAGCAUUGUCCACAGAAAGUGCUUCUAAAGAGACUGUCUGACUUUCUUCUCCCCCCCCCCCCCCCCCCCCGCUACAAACCCAAACAAGUGGCUCUGCAUACAUGCCUCCCAACAUCACUGUAUACUGAGCCUGCAACACCUUCCCUUUAUUUCCCUCAUCACAAUGGCUAUGGCACCAUGCCCCCUGAUGGGCAGGGAGCUCUGCUGGAAGCACAGAGCGUCUCUGGCGGUGCGAAUGUGAGGAACAUGUCCAUUGUCUUGUGUGGGUCGUCGUUCAUUCAAAAUGUCAAGUUGUUCACCACGUUAUUUGCCUCUAUGAAGGUUGAACUGCUGCUGGGCCCCUCUGCCCAACAGACCUGUAGUAUUGCUUAAUAUGUAAAUUAUGUAAUCUGAAACUUUGUUUUUGUACUUUUCAGCCUUAAAGUAUUUGGUCCAGUUUUUUUUUUUUAAGAUGCAAGAAAGUCCUUGUAUGGUGGUGGUAUGAAGGUUUGUGCAUGAGGUGACAGGCCUCCGGUUCCACAACAACCCAAUAAAGCGCACAUGUCUGAGCUUU